AUGACAGGAAUUGAGAUUGCCACACUGAAGGCACGUUCAGACAUGGUCCUACAAAGCAGCACAUCAUUCCUUUGCAGCGUUUUGGUUGCUCCCGUCAAGAACGAGAAUGAAGAGAUUAUCAUGUGCAUCCUCAACUUUGAGGACAUCAGCGAAAACAAGUAUGCAAGCACACCAGAAGAAACCGCCACGCCUCCCGCGGCUGAGAACAGCGUCGGAUACAAGUGGAGGAGAGGGAGAAGAUUGAGUUUACCUGUUGUUAUGAUGGACAAGCUCAAAAUAGCAAUGUCUCUUCAGCGAUCAAUGAAUCCCCAAAGUCAGAACCAAGACAACCAUCGGACAUUCCGGCUGAAGCUUCCACAGAUCUACCGCCAGCGGGACAACCCCAACCAGUCAGCCCCGCCAGAGGCAGAUGGAGAAAGGAGCGAGAAGGGCAGCCAAGAGGGCGCCGUCAAUGGGCUCAGCCAGGGAGCAGGGUCGACAUCGACGACCACCGAACUCGAGAGCUCCAUGCCGUUGCUGAGUCUGAAGGAAGUCCCCUCCAACAACGACUUGCCUACGUCGUCGACCCAGUCAACGAAGUCGGUGCAUUCGGAUUCGUUUUCUGGGGGUGGUGGGGAACUUUGUUGCAAGCAAAGCACGGAUUCUCUUCCUCAUAGAGAAGGCUCAUUACGUGACGCAAACGAACACGAGACGAGCCUGACAGUUCACAACACCUUCCCAAGACACACCCCACUGGUCAAGACGUGGUCCAAUCAGACGGCUCGGAGUGGUGUCAGCAUCCGACGGGCGUCGUCCUUAGAGACCACAGACAGCAUCACAGCGAGAAAGAUGCGCAACUCCUACCUAAGUGACCUUGGAAACUUUGCAAAGAACCUUCCCUCGGCAGCGUCGGACUCCGAUCUGGCGAGGUACCGGCAGCUGCGCAAAGACGUAUCAACCCACAGCCUCCGGAGCUUGGACGAGCAUCCCUUAGAUAGUGGCCUUAAAGAAGACAAUCGAGAUGACUCCAGUUCCUCCUCGGCGGUCACCAAGAAGAUCCUCAAGCCGGUCAGAGAUGCAACGCAAGUCGUCGGCAACAGAGUGACCCAGGUUAGUUGAUCAUGGGUGGUUGGUGAGGCGAGGGAGGCCAAG